UUUUUUCCUUAUGUCAGAAAAGUUGGAGUUUUGGAAGGCAUAGAGGUGCCGUUGGAGAAGAGGGGGAGAUGGCGGCCAAGUCCCGGAUACCGCUGGCAUUGCUGCUGAAGCAGGAACUGUUGAGCGAGAGGAGGAUGGAGAAGCCGGACGUCCUUCACGGGCAGGCGAGCCAAAGCAAGAAGGGGGAGGAUUUCACCCUCUCCAUGACCGAAUGCCUGCGCGUGCCCGGGGACGACGCCUCCACCUUCUCGGUCUUCGCGCUUUUUGACGGACACAAUGGUUCUGCAGCUGCUAUUUACACCAAGGACAAUCUCUUAGAGAAUGUUUUAAGUGCCAUUCCUUCAAAUCUUAGCAGGGAUGAGUGGAUAGCAGCAUUACCAAGAGCUUUGGUUGCAGGAUUUGUUAAAACAGAUAAAGAUUUUCAAGAUAAAGCACAUACUUCAGGAACAACUGUGACAUUUGUGAUAAUAGAUGGGUGGGUUGUUACUGUUGCAUCAGUUGGUGAUUCUCUCUGCCUAUUUGUAUCUGCUGAAGGCUCAAGUUAUUGUUUGUCAGCAGACCACCGGCUGGAAGCUAAUGAGGAGGAGGUGAAGCGCAUAACAGCAAGUGGUGGAGAAGUUGGGAGAAUAAAUACUGGUGGGGUUACUGAGCUUGGCCCUCUUAGGUGCUGGCCAGGCGGCUUGUGUUUGUCAAGAUCAAUUGGAGAUAUGGAUGUUGGUGAAUUUAUUGUUCCUAUUCCACAUGUGAAACAAGUAAAGUUGCCCAAAGCUGGAGGACGACUUAUCAUCUCAAGUGAUGGUGUGUGGGAUGCUUUGACUUCUGAAAAGGCUCUAAGGUGUAGCCAUGGCUUGUCAGCAGAAGCUGCAGCUGCUAGGAUUGUUAAGGAAGCAGUACAGAUUAGGGGACUACGAGAUGAUACCACAUGCAUUGUGGUUGACAUAUUACCACCAGAGAAAUUAGCUCCUCCUGUUCCUCCUCCGAAGAAGUCAGGAAAGGGGAUGUUCAAAUCUCUAUUCCGCAAACAAUCGUUUGAGUCAUCAUCUCAUUCAGGUACAGGACAUUUUGAACCAGAUGUGCUCGAGGAAAUGUUUGAAGAUGGAUCUGCAGUGCUCGCUCAAAGGUUAAAUAUGGAAUAUCCAAUCUGCAACAUGUUCAAGUUAUUUAUGUGUGCAGUUUGCCAGCUAGAGAUGAAACCAGGUGAGGGCAUUUCUUUGCAUGCUGGUUCAUCACAAACUGGAAGAGUCCAUCCAUGGCAUGGUCCUUUUCUUUGCCGGACUUGCCAAGCGAAAAGGGAAGCUAUGGAGGGAAAACGACCUUCAAGAGAUUGUGCAUCUUGAGACUAUUGGGAGUGAAUAAUCAUGGCCGUUGUUGGUGUCAAUGGGAUCCUGAUCCCAUCACAACACUUAACAAUGAUGUUAGAGAUGAUGAAGUGGACACCCAAGGCCUCCUAUGCUAAUAUAUUCUUUUAUAUCUUUGAUGAGCUUGAGAUGUCUUAUAUUCAUUUCCUGAGUAGCACGUAAAGGGCGUUUUAUCUGCAUGCUACUGCUUCAAUCUGCUACGAGACAAGCGAUCAGAAUUUUUGCUCCCUUAGCUGCAAAGCUGCGUUCAAAUUGAGAGAAACAAUAUACUGAUCUUUUGUUUGGAGAGCUUUUAUACUAUAACAACAUUCCUGCGUAAAGAAACCCUUGAUAUAA